AUGGAACUUACAUCGCCCAGAGAAUUGGGUCAAACCGAACACCAAUCACAGAACGGGACUCGUUUGAGGGCCUCUCUGUAUAUGGGCCAAAAAUAUAAAAAGGGUGACGUUGUUUUUACCCCACACGGAAUCCGGAAGAAGUUUAAUGGGAAACAAUGGAGAAGAUUGUGCUCGAAAGACGGGUGUUCAAAGGAAUCACAACGUCGCGGGUACUGCUCCCGCCAUCUAUCUUUAAGAGGCAAGGGCCUGAUUCGAGGCCCUCCAGCCAUGCCGUACAACAUGAUCAGACCCCGCCCUGAUGACCCCCUUUGGUCUCUCCCGAUCUCAGAUACCCAGCGUCUUCAAGUGGCGUUUGCGACGGCUGCCAAUCGCUACGUUGACAAGAUGGCACUGGAGGUUAGACGAGCAUCCCAUCUUCAGUCAGCCGGUUUUUGUUCCGAGUCCAAACAACUUCAACAACAACAGCAGCAACAGCACAACCAACAACACCACAACAGUAGUAACCACACUGGCCACCACUCUAGCACCACUGGAUUGAGAUUAUUGCCACCCCCACCACCGAAUUCAAACAUGACAGGGGGACUUUUACCCCCUUUCAACUUUCAGCCCUUCAUUGGCAUGCUGCCCUUAGCUGGUAGACUCGCCCCACACCCUCAUCCAUUAUUUCCAGCUCUAAACAAUCCAUUCAGUCAUUUGUUCAACAUUCAUUCGCAACACGCUGGCGUCGUUAAUAACCACCACAACAACAAAAAUGGCGUCAUAUCUAACCAAGCUGAAGGAUGCAGCGUGCGAAGUAGUGGUAGUAGCUUCACUAGCGUCAGAAACACGCUCUCCUUUCCUCUCGAUCCGUCUAGAUUCAACAUCAUGUCUGCGUUUGAAAAAUUUUUCGCCGCCAAGCAUAACUUAAAACUAGAAAACCACAUCAAUAAUAAUAAUAAUAACAACAACAACAAUAAUAUUAAUAACAAUAAUGAAGCCUAUACAAAUUACAUGGUGGCUAAAAACGCCAUUCAAAACAAUGAUAUCAUCAACAACAACACUAACACUAACACUAGCAACAACAACAUAAACAACAACAAUACAAGCGGAAAUAGCAACGACCACAUAGAUAAUGACGUCACGAGAAAUGAUGGGCGAUUCUCGUCGCCAUCGACUUCGCGGUCAAGAAAAGAUUCAAAGAGUACAAAAAUUACACCAUCUUCAUCCUCAUCAACGUCAUCGUCCGUGUUACCAAAAACUCCAAAUCACCACACGCGAAUACCGUCACCGAAACCGUUAAGAAUGCUGUCGGUUUCGAAAUUCGGUAACGUGCUAACGCCAUCCUGUCUUCUACCGGUUCUGUCGGUUAUCGAUACUGCCGUGCCAUCUCUAAAUUCUCGGAUUAACAGAAAACCCGGUAAUAACGGAAACGGAAAUGAAAAGCACACUAAAAAACACGGCGGAAAAGGCGGUGACGAUGACGGUGGUGGUGAUGAUAGUGAUGGGGACAACGACGAUGGAAAUGAUGACGAUGGUGAUGACGUCAGAAAAGGCAGUAACGGUAGUUAUGGUAAUGAUGGAAAGAGGGAAAAAGCGAGGAAGAGAGGCUACAAAGGCAAGACUGGCAAACAAACAACAUUAAAAGUGGAUUCGCAGUUGUUCACUUAA